AUGACCGCAGAAAAAAGUUUACGAUUUGUGAUUCUUUAUGCUUCUCAAACUGGGAACGCUGAAUGGAUCGCUAAAAAUAUACACCAAGAAGCCAUAGAACGUGGUUUUGAUAACGAGUGUCAUGUGAUGGAAGAAUACGACAAGGUUGAUUUAUCAAAGGAAAAUGUUUUGAUCCUUGUUUCUUCUAAUACUGGAGAUGGUGAUCCGCCUGAGAAUGCUACUAAAUUCUUUCGAUUUAUGAGAAAAAUUAAAUCAAAUACAUUUUUAAAUCAUUUACAAUAUGCAAUUCUUGGUUUGGGCGACACGAAUUACACGAAUUUCAACAACACGGCAAAGCGAUUGGAGAAAAAAUUGUUGGAAUUAGGCGCUACUCCUUUUUAUAAUAAAGGUUUAGCCGAUGAUGCGAUGAGCUUGGAAGCAACCGUUGAUCCUUGGAUCGAGAAAUUAUGGCCGGCAUUAACUAAAGUAUGUGUUCAAAAAGGAAAAAACAACAAUAAUGUUCAUGUCGAAAAUAUUAUUGAAUCCGUUAAGAAUCUUUCGGUUAAUGAUAAGAAUGAUAUGUCAUUACCUUUGAAAGUUCAAAAUGGACAUUCAGUUGAUGAAAAGUUGAAUCUUGUGAGCGGUACAAAAAUUACGUUUGAAUUAUCGGAAUUGGCUAAAACCGAAAAACUCACGGCUUUACCACGUAUUCCUACCGUGAUUUGCAAAAUUGUAAAAUCAAAUAAGAAAGAGUCCAUCAACUCUUCAUUACCUCCUUUUAUUAAUACAUCAACUCCGAUUGUGAAUGCUAGAUUAGAUGCGAUUCGUUGUCUUACUCGUCCGGAUGCUCUCAAGAGGACGAUUCAUUUGGAAUUGGAUAUCAAAGAUUAUAAGGAGAAAUUGGAAUUUGUUCCCGGCGAUUCCAUUGGAAUAAUUGCACCUAAUAAUAAGAAGUUGGUUUUGGAAAUUUUAAAAACUUUGGAAAUUAGUGAAAACGAGGCUAAUCAGGAAAUUUCAAUUGAGAGUGUUGAAGGAACUGAGCUUCCAUCACACCUGAGAAAUGCUCAGACGACCUCAAUUAUGGAAUUAUUUCGAUAUGGUGUGGAUUUAACCUCUUUACCACGAAAAGCAUUGUUGAGGUUGAUGGCCGAGUAUACGACGGACGAAGAAGAGAAAAAAACUUUAUUUUUCCUUUGCAGUAAACAAGGAGCUGACCAGUUUAAUCGUUUACGCCUUCAAGUUCCAACUUUUCUUGAUUUAUUGGUUACCUUUCCUUCGUGUAAACCACCUGUGGAACGUUUAUUUGACGUUCUACCAUCUCACAAACCUCGAUAUUAUUCUAUCGCUAAUUCUCCUCUUGUGAAUCGCAAUUCAUUUCAUAUUGCUUUUAAUAUUGUAGAUUACAAAACACCGGACCCUUAUGGUGUGCGCAAAUAUGGAGUUUGUACCCCAUGGCUGGAUCAUUUGAGUGGUUACGUUUACGAAAGGAAUAAACCGUUUCCUUUGACCACAAAGGUUGUCAUACCUAUAUUCAUGAAACAAAAUACUCAUGGAUUUGCUGUACCUUCAGAUAUUUCAAGACCUAUGAUUAUGAUCGGUCCUGGAACGGGUGUUGCACCUUUUAUAGGAUUUAUUCAACACCGUGAACAGCAAAUUAUUGCUAAAAGACGAUUGGGCAAUAUUGAGAAUGAGUUCGGAGAGAUGUGGUUAUUUUAUGGGUGCAGAGAUAUUGAAAAGGACCAUUUGUAUCGUGAAGAAUUGGAGGGAUUUUUAGAACGUGGUAUUUUAAAAGAAUUAUUAAUUGCAGUUAGUAGAGCACCCGACGCUGGAUUAAAUGGAAAUCCAAAAUAUGUCCAAGAUCUUUUGAGAAAGAGAGGUCAAGAAAUGUACGAAUUAUUGGAUCAAAAAGAUGCAAUAAUUUUUGUGUGUGGAGAUGCUCAAGGUAUGGCCAAGGGCGUUAAUGAUACUUUAGCCGAUAUUUUAGUUGAGUAUGGUAACAUGCAAAAAUCAGAUGCGUUGAAACUCUUGGUUAAAUGGAUGAACGAUAAGCGUUAUUUACGAGAUUUGACCAUUGAUCCUUCAACACAACGUUCAACAAGCCCAACAAGCCCAACCAGUCCAACCAGUCCAAACGAAGAUUCGGAUUCAGAUUCUUCAAGUGGAAGUUCUGGAAAAGGCGUUUCCUCUUUGGAUGCAAUAUAUCUUACAACUUUAUUUCAAGAGAAUAAUAUUGAAGGAAUAACGGAUGAUGAUCAACAAUUCAUUAUUCAAUCAGAAAAAUUAUUAAAAGGAAAAUCUACCGUAGAAAAAUUGCAAGAGAUUUUUGAAUUACCAAAUCCAGAACAACUUAAAGGAGAGUUUAGAUGUACUUUAUUGCGAUCAAUCAUGUUACAAGGUUUCAUGUACCUGACAGAAAAUCACAUCUGCUUUCAUGCUUAUUUUCCAAGAGAACAGGAUAUUGUAUUGAAAGAUGGUAACCUCGCAAAGAAAACUUUUGGAAAUAGAUACGAACGGUAUCAUUUUUCACUUCAAAAUGAUGUGCUUACUUAUUACGUAGAUCCAAUGGAUAUGUAUUGUCCUGAAGAAAUCAUUGAUUUAAAAUAUGCUAGUAAAGUUGAAAGAACUCAUAAAAAGAACGGGUUUAAGAUUGUCACACCGAAGCGUACGUAUAAAUUUCAGGCUGAUUCACAAACUUCUAUGGAAGAAUGGAUAACCCAAUUAGAAAGAUCCAUAGUAAGAGCUAAUAAUGGUGGUGAUAACGUAAAGAUUGUUAUACCUAUUGAAAGUAUUGAGAACAUUCAAAAUAAUUUAUCCAUGAAUUUUCCAAACACGAUACAAAUCGAUACUUUGGACCAAGAUGAUCGCGAAGAAUACUUUUUUGCGUUCUUCUCGGAUAGUCAAUCUUUAUAUGAUACACUUGUUGAACUUUGGAAAGGUCACAAACCACAUCAACUUAAACGGUCACGUUCAACAGGCACUAGAUCAUUAUCCCCUGAAUCAAAUAUUCCUACAUCACUCAAAUCAGACUUCAUUGCGUUAAUAAAACAUAGUCGGAGUCGAAGUCAAGAAUCUUCAAUUAAUUCAUCAAGGUCUAUACAAAGAUCAACAACUUUAGAUCCUAUACCGGCUUCUGAAACAACAGAGAGUCAAUGGAAUGUAACAAAAUAUGUUUCCAGGCGUGCUAGAGUAUUUUGGAAAAAUCCUAAAAAGUAUUAUAGUUCUUUUGAUGAAAAUCCUUCGGAGGAAACUCGUCAACAUUUUAGGGAACAUUUUGCUUUAUCAGAAAAUGAGAAGCUUUAUGCUGUAUUCUAUGGAUAUUUCUUGCGUAUGCUUCCUAUAUAUGGCAAAUUUUACGUAUCCGACAACUAUGUUUGCUUCAAAUCCCGGGUUAUAGCCCAAAAUACCAAUAUGAUAUUGCCAAUAGCAGAUAUUCAUUUCAAUAAAAAGACAAAGGCAACCAUGUUAGGAUAUUAUGGAUUGGAAAUUCUUACAAAAGCUCAACAAGAAAUGUUUUUUGAAUUUGGUUUUGAGCAUGUAAGGGAUAGAUUUGUCGAAAUGAUUGAACUUAAAUUGAAAUUACUUGAUAAGGGAAACAAGAAGAUACCAUCGGGAAGUUCAUCUGAUAGUCAAAGUAUGAUCAAACAAGCUAUAAUCAAGGAUCAAUUGUUAUGGCAACAGUGGUCAGAAAUUUGUCCAAAGGCAUCAAAUUUUGGUGAUAUUGGAGCGAGCGUUUCCAAACUCGAUAAACCAUUACACAUAACGUGCCUUACUAUUGGAUCGCGUGGUGACGUUCAGCCUUAUAUUGCUCUUGCUAAAGGUCUCAUAAAGGAAGGUCACAGAGUAAAAAUUGCUACCCAUGAUGAAUAUAAAGACUGGAUCGAAGGUCAUGGUAUUGAAUUUGGUUAUGUCGGUGGUAACCCUGCCGAACUCAUGCGUAUUUGUGUUGAGUACGGCAUGUUUACUUUUGGCUUCUUUAAGGAAGGUCUCGUCAAUUUCCGUGGAUGGUUGGAAGAUUUACUGAAAACUUCAUGGGAGGCAUGUCAGUCUCCUAGUGCUAUGUCUGGUAUUCACAUUGCAGAAGCUCUUGAUGUUGCAUAUUUCCGUGCAUUUUCAAUGCCAUGGACAAGGACAAGAGCUUAUCCUCACGCAUUUGCAGUUCCAGAUCAUGAUCUCAAGUCUCCGUAUAAUUAUUCAUCUUAUAUACUUAUAGAGAAUGCUUUUUGGCUCGCAAUCUCACCACUAAUAAACAAAUGGAGGAAAGACACAUUAAAAUUACGGAGUACCAAUUUAGAGAAAUUAGAACCUUCAACUAUUCCUUUCUUAUAUAAUUUCAGUGAACGAAUUGUUCCAAAGGCAUCCGAUUGGGCCGAUUGGAUUCAUGUGACUGGUUAUUGGUUUUUAGAUAAUCCUGACCUCGGAUGGACACCUCCAGAAGAUUUGUUGGAAUUUAUAGAUAAAAAUCGUAAGAAUAAAAAGCCAAUUGUAUAUAUUGGAUUUGGAUCAAUUGUAGUAGAUGAUUCACAGGGGAUGACAAAAUCACUCGUAGAAGCCGUACAAAAAAGUAAAGUAGCAGCAAUUUUAUCGAAAGGAUGGAGCGAUAGACUACAACAAAAAAAAUCGGAUCAGAAUGAGGAAGAAAAUUAUCCACCAUCAAUAUAUCCGUUAAAAUCAGUACCACAUGAUUGGUUGUUUCCUCGGAUAGAUGCGGUGAUGCAUCAUGGUGGAGCAGGUACAACAUCAGCAGGAUUACGUGCCGGUAAACCAACCAUUAUAAAACCAUUUUUUGGAGAUCAAUUUUUUUGGGGGGAUCGAAUUGAAAACAUGGGAAUUGGAUUUUGUUUGAAAAAAUUAAGCGUAGAUAAAUUAUCGGAUAUUUUGGUGAAGGUCACAACGGAUAAAAAAAUGAUUGAAAAGGCUGCAUUAGUAGGAGUAAAUAUUAGAUCAGAGGAUGGUGUUAAGAAUGCAAUACAAUCAAUCUAUAGAGAUUUAGAAGAUGCGAAACAAAGAAUCCAUUCACAACGUAUCAGAACUGACAGUAAUACUUCGACAUAUAACGUAUUUGGGAAUUUAGAAGAAAAGACCGAUUUCAAUAAUGCUGCAAAGACUUUAUCUUCUUUGAACCCUUUAAAUCAAGAUAGAAGGUUAUCUAAAUCUUUGAAAAAAUUAAUUGGUAUGAGUGCUGGGAACAUUCUAUCAAAUUCCAACCGGGAAUUGACUAAUACCGAAAAGCAUUCAACUACCAUUUCUAAUAUUGAUACUACUAUUCAUGAAAGAAAAUCUAUAUAA